GUUACAACGAUGCUACAGCCAAUCACAGCGCCUCAUUUUACAAUAGACCAAUCGUAGUUUGGGUGGUGUAAAUUGACUAAUCAAGGUCGAACGAAGUUUCGUCGCAGGAAACAGAUCUAAACUUUGACGAGUUGCAAUUGGUCCGUUAUGAGUAUUGCGUAUUUCAAUUUUGGGGCCAUUUGUAUAGGUAGGCUUAUAUAUAUCGUGUCUGGAAUUAGUCUUUCACUUUUUUUCGUUCGCUGGGCAGCACUAGACGUGCGAUCUGUUUCACUUCAACGUUGCAGCAAUGGCGUUGCGACACAUCAUCCCGAUUGUUAUACUAAUCAUCCAGCUCUAUGGGACCAGCUUGGCUGCAAAUCUUCCCCAGCUUUCAGGGAACAGACUAUCAGAAGGCGCUGACAGAGACUUACCAAACGCUACUCCAAUUAACUGCGGGUCAUCUAGCCCUGUGAGGGCCACCAUAAAAGCUACGAAGACGCCAAGCCAAGUGAUGAAAUACUUCGGGAGCAUAGCGUUCACUGCCGGUCCAAUUGGACAUCCACAAUCGCCCAGACCAGGAACCGAAUCAAAAUUCAAAUUUGCUGAAGUCAAAGGAGGAAAAUAUGUCUACGCGCUUGAAGUUGAUCCAACUGGCGAGCUCGCCUAUUGGCUGCCUCAAGGAGGCUCCAUUGACAUUCCUCAAAGACCUAAUUCUAACCAGCCACGUUACGUGUUCACUCCAGACUUCAGCGGCUGCUCAUGGACAGUGACUCCUUUGAGCAACGGGAUGUUGCGUCUUCGACACGUUGAAGGUGGUCGAGAAGCUGCCCAGUUCAACAAUUUGUCUUCAGGGGCUAAAGGUGGAGCUACAACUUACGCCAUGCAGUAUAAAGACUACGGGUAUAUCGUUGAAACUCGCCGCCUAGUUGGGAAUGUACCAGCAUUUGCGUACAUGCACUAUACUGGUGGACAUUGGACCCUGAACGUGCAGCGCAAAUCAUGUUCACCGCAGCCUGGUGGAUUCACAUUCAAUAAUCAGCUUUUAUCGGGAAUAACGUUGCUCGAAUCGAAAUCGUCUUACUCCGCCAUAUCUGGUACUAAGUCUUAUACGAUCCCUUAAACGUUAUGUUUUGUUUUUCUUCUUUUUGAUUCUUUAAUAUUUGUUUUUGUUUAAUGCUUUUCAAUUACCUAUGAUUUUUUUGUUAAAUGUGUAAUAACUUAUAAAACAAAAUACUUUUCCUGUACAAAUUAAGCACUUGCAGCACAACCAUUUUUUGUUUCUGAAAAUAAAUUUUUAGCAACAUUUCAUACCAUUCAUCAA